AUGCCUAAUAGCACACAAGAUUCAGCAAUGAUGAUAUGUUACAGAGAAAGUCUAUCGAAUUUAGAAAAAUUUCAUGGGGGUGAAGAUCAAAAAAUUUUAAAUUUCAUCAACAACAUCGAACGAAUUGGGAAAAUGAUCAGUGCACCGGAUGAAAUUUUACUCUGUAUGUGUACCGCAAAAUUAGAUGGUGAAGCAAAACGUUGGUAUGAAGAUAAUAUGUCAUUAACUCAUUGGGAAAAUCUAAAAUCGUCAUUAUUAAAAAGAUUUACAACAUCAGAUUCAUCAUCGAAAAUAUUUGAACAAUUAAAGGAUCGUAAACAGAAGUUAGAUGAAACGAUUACAUCAUAUUAUGAUGCUCUCAUUAAAUUAUGCCGUGAAUACGAUUCGACUAUGUCACAGAAAAUGAUGAUAUCAUGGUUACAAAAUGGAAUUAAAGAUUCGUUAAAAACUCAUAUUAAACGCCAGAUGAAAUUAUUACCAGAAUCAGCACAACCUUAUUUACCAUUUAUUACGAACACAAUAUCAACAACAUCACAGAAAAUUCAAAGCAACUCCGACAGGACAACAACACCUCAAUAUUCACCACCACGACAGGUAACAUAUGAACACACCAAACAAAAUUCACCAUCAUCAACAAUGUAUAAUUCAACACGAUCGAAAUCAGAUGGCCGUGAUUUUUAUUCACAACAACGAUCCAAUUCUCGACAGCAAGAAUCACAUAAUACAGUAACUUAUAAUACACGACGAGAACAACAACCAAAUAGACAAUCAUCUCAUUCAUCUACACAACCAGAUUCGAAGCAACGUCCAUGUUCUAUAUGCCAACGUAUUAAUCAUCGAACCAAUGCUUGUUAUUACAAAAAAUCACACGGAUCUGAAACCCGCGAUGGUGGUCAUUCCAGUAGCAAACAAAAUCCAUCCAGAAUAAAUUAUACAUCAUCAACAUUAUCAACACCUAUUUAUAUAAAUGUUCAAGUAAAUAACAAACAACAUGAAGCAAUCAUCGAUACUGGAUCUGCAGUCACCAUUAUUAAUCAUCAAUUAUUAAAAAAGAUCUACCACAAGAACUUUAUUUACAAAAACAAAUUACACAAAUCAGCAAAUUGUUCAUCAAUUAAUAUUAUCGGUGAAAUUGAACUUGAAAUUAAAAUACAAGGACACAAAACAUAUAUAUUAGCAGAUGUUGCGACUAAUCUUAUUACUGAUUUAUUACUUGGAAACGAUUGGAUCUAUCCAAACAAUGUUAUUAUCGAUUCAUCACAACAACACAUUUUUCUUAUGAACGAGAACAGGAAAGUUAUAGUAUCAACACCAUUUGUUAAACCAAAGCAACUUCGAUUACCUGUUCUAUUAACAGACGAAAUUACCCUUCCACCAAAGUCUGAAAAAUGCAUUAACGUUAAAAUAUUAUCAUCGAUGAGCAAAACAUCCGAAGCAUUAUUUGAACCAACUACACACUUACAGUCGAAAGCGAUUUUCUUAAUAAAUGCAUUAAUUAAAGUAGAAGAAAACAGAAGUCGAAUUAUGAUUAUUAAUGCAAAUGAUCGUCAAAAAACAUUAUCAAAAAAUACAACAUUAGGACAUAUUUUAUAUUGA